CAGUUGAAGUUCAACAUGGCACGUAACGUGGCAGUGACCUCCCUCCUCGUGGCUCUGUGUCUCGUGGCAGCAGUUGCUGGACACAGCACAUAUGGCAUUGGGGGACACAGACCUGUUGUCCACGGCAGUGGAGUGUUUGGUGGUGUUCACGGAGGCGUCCAUGGAGGUGUUCUUGGUGGUGUUCACAGCGGUGGUCUCGGAGGUGUCCACGGAGGUAGUAUUCAUGGUGUAGGACUCGUAGGCUCUGGCAUCCACGGCGCUGGAUCCUUCAACACCGCUCAUUACCCUGGUCUUGUGCCUGGUUACAGCUUCUACGACCAAAGACCCGUGCUCGGAUACAACACGUGCAAGUACUGGUGCAAGAGUAAUUAUACCAACAAGUACUACUGCUGCCAACGACCUUACCAAGGAUAGAUUCAGAAUUUGUUAUAAAAAGUAUUUUUUCUGUUGAUUGUUAUAGCAUCAUAAAUGUAAACUCAUAAGUAAAACUUAUUUUCACAA